AUUUGCUUGGGCUCGCCUGUGGUUGGUUUCAGAUGUUGUAAUAUAGCUCAAUUGAUGUUUUGAUGCUGAUGCUCCGUUGUGCUCCGCCCCCUCGAAACUGUCCUGGGUGAUGAAAGGAACUCUCUGAGCCAAGCGCUGACAGACACAGCUGACUUCCAUCCUGAGUACCAGGCACACGCUUCCAUUGCAUCAAGUCAAAAAGUAUCCUACGCACCAUGGCAUCGGACGAAUUGGCGAGGGAACUGCAGCCCAGGCUGGCCGCGGAGCCGGCUCCCCUAUUCAACCCGUCUACACCAGAGGAGAUCCCGGUGAAAGCGAGCGACCCUGUCCCUGGUCCGCAGAAAAAAGCGGUGGUGGUCAUUGUCAAUGAUGACACAUCGGAACUCACAGCGAAACUCACCCGGAGACUGUGCAUCAACAAUGGGAACGCGGCGCCCAAGCAGGCCAAGGUGUUCAAUCCCUACACGGAAUUCAAAGAGUUCUCCCGCAAACAGAUCAAAGACAUGGAGAACAUUUUCAAACGGUUUGACAGUGGGAAGGACGGCUUUAUAGACCUGAUGGAGCUGAAGAUGAUGAUGGAGAAGCUGGGAGCUCCUCAGACCCACCUGGGCCUCAAGAACAUGAUCAAAGAGGUGGAUGAGGACUUCGACGGCAAGCUGAGCUACAGAGAGUUCCUGCUGAUCUUCAGGCGAGCAGCUGCAGGCGAGCUGCUGGAGGAGAGUGGUCUGAUGGCUCUGGCCAGACUGUCUGAGAUAGACGUCUCCACAGAGGGAGUCAUGGGGGCACGGGCCUUUUUCGAGGCUAAGGUGCAGGCUCUGAAGGUGGGCAGUAAGUUUGAGGCUGAGAUCCGAGAGGAGCAGGAGGAACGGAAGAGACAGGAGCUAGAUAGGAAACGGAGACAGGCUGCUUUCAAAGAGCUGCAGUCUGCCUUCUGCUCUUAACACAGUAGACACACUAAAACACACACACACACACUAAAACGUCCAUGAUCACACGCAGACUUACAUGCACUGAAAGGAAGGUUUUAAAGUAGUUCCACAGCCUCCCUGAAUACACAAAUAAGAGUAUUUGAUUGUAUUUUAUUGAAUAAUGCAAGAGAUUACUAAUAUGGUUAUUGUUAUGAUAUGGCUAUUAUGAUUGAUUGUUGUUAUUAUUGUUCUAAUUAAUAUGAUUGUAUUAUACAUUAUAUUCUCACAUGUUUCCAAACAGUGAGGUCAUGCCUAUUUUAAGGAAAUAGAUGGUUCUAUUUGCCAUCAGUCAUUUAAUUGUUUGAUGUUCCAUACUGAAAAGGUUUUGUGGAGCAAUGUAUUGACCAAUUUAUGUGUAGAAGGCAAAGGAAUGUUACAAUACCUGUGUCAAAAACAGUUUCUAGCCAUUUUUUUCUGUUGAAACACUCUGUGAAUCUAUGUUUUUACUUUUGGCAGAUUGUACUAUUAUAUUGAAUAAUUGACCUGUAAUCCAUGUUUGUUUAAUUUCUAGAAACAUACCAUCAUGUAACACUGUAGCAAUAUGUUGUCUUAUGUGUUCUGAAAUUAAAAGGAAAUGGAUGUAUUGUAUUUUUCCGUAAAUAAAACAAUGGUAAUCACA